AUGACAUGUGCCCUGGGGUUACUGUUGCAGAGUCCUCUACUGACUGCUGCCAUUUUCAUCACUGGUAUUGGUGGGACUUUUCAAUAUGGCUUUCAGAUCUCUGUGUUGAACUCACCAUCCACUUUCAUUAAGGAGCUGGUGAAUCGCACAUGUGCUGAGCGGUACGGCCUUGCCCUGGAGCCAUGGCAACUCUCCCUCAUCUGGUCCUUCAUCGUCUCCAUCUUCUGCAUCGGAGGUCUGCUGGGGUCGCUGUGCGCAGGACGAAUGGUGAAUACGUACGGGAGGAAGAGAUGUCUGCUGCUCAACAACCUGUUGGCCAUAAGUGGGGCCCUCCUGAUGCUGCUCAGUAAAAAAGCUGUUUCGUUUGAGAUGAUCAUGGCAGGAAGAUUUAUUUAUGGGAUUAACGCAGGCAUGAGCCUGACGACCCACACUAUGUACCUUCUCGAGUGCUCCCCAAAGAGGCUACGAGGGAUGUUGGGUGUGACCGUCACCACAUUUGUCUCUUUGGGGAAGUUUUCUGGGCAGCUGCUGGGCAUCAGUGAACUACUGGGUACUGAGGAUCUCUGGCCCUGGCUGCUGGGUUUUAGUGGAUUCACUGGGCUGCUCCAGCUGCUGAUGCUGCCCCUGCUGCCCGAGUCGCCCCGGUACCUGCUGCUGAUGCAGGGAGAUCGCCAGGCCUGCGAGAAUGCUAUAGGGCGCCUGUGGGGGUGUGGUCAGGACCACAGCGCUGAGGUGGAGGACAUGCUGGCGGAGGGCGUUGCCCUGAAAGGGGUUCCCAUCCGGGGGGUGAAGGAGCUCCUGACUGAGCCAUCUGUACGCUGGCAGCUGCUCACCAUCCUCUGCACUGCCACCACACUGCAGCUGUGUGGUAUCAAUGCUGUGUACCUAUACUCAUUUGAUGUGUUUAGUGCUGCAGGGAUCCCAAACCAUCAGUUGCGUUACGUAGCUCUAGGGACCGGCCUGUGUGAAAUUGUCACCUCCAUCACCUGUGUGCUGAUAAUUGAGAACACAGGGAAGAGAGGGCUGCUGAUCCGGGGCUUCUUCGGGAUGACCACCACUCUGGCCCUCCUCACACUCACAUUGUACCUGCAGACCCUCUUGUCCUGGAUGCCCUACUGCAGCAUGGUGCUCGUCUUCAUCUUCAUCUUCUUCUUCUCCAGUGGACCAGCUGGCAUUACAGCGCCCCUCCCUGGUGAAAUCUUCACACAGUCCUUCAAGGCAGCAGCGUUCACCGUGGCCACCACUAUAAACUGGACAGGCCUGUUUCUCAUAGGCAUGCUAUUCCCCCUCAUAGUGGAGCACUUGGACUACUUCUGCUUCCUCAUCUUCCUUGUCUUCUGUUUGAGCACGGCACUGUUUGUGUGGUACACCGUUCCUGAGACGAAGAACCGCACGGUUCUAGAGAUCGCUGCAGAGUAUCAGAGGAUGCACAGCAAAAACAAGCCAACCGUGGAGGAUAAAGACACCCCCGCAGCGAAGAUCAAAAACGAACAACUUAAGCUCAACAAAACUGGGCUUAGCAUCGCCACCAGACUCUGAUAUAUCUGAUGUUGAAUCCUUAGAUAUACACUUAUUACUACAGUACACAAUAUUUAAGCAGAAUGCACCUGCAACAUGACAAUUUAACAUGAACAGGUGUAUACAUGGUGUAUACAUGGUAUUUUACACAGUCAUUUUCCAAAUACUGCUAGUAAAGUAUACUAUAUCAUAAGGAUAUAAAAUACAUUUAAAUCAAAAUUCACUGAAUUCCAUGAAUGUAAGUAAGAGUCUUUGAGUGUUCCCAUGAUGCUCUGCAGCAGAAUACUAGUGGUAGAACUGUUAGAGUGAUCUAAACUGCAAUAAUGUGUUUCCCUUUGCGCUGAUGUGUGUGUGUGUGGAAUGUUAGCUUGUUUGUUUUAAUUGUUAUGGUGCAAUGCCACUGUCAAUUCCUGUAUUAGUUCAUGUUAAAGCUAAAAUUAGUGCAUCGUUAGUGUGUGCCAUGUCAAAGUAAGACCUGCCUUCCAUUUGCUUUCUGUGUGUGUGUCAAGUAGCCAAUAAAAAGGCAUU